AAUCGCUCAACAUUCGUAAAAGUAAAAGAAAAGACUUUGAAGACGAGUGGUCAUUUCGUUUGCUGAGAAAUUACAUUACAUCCUGAGGGCUAUGCCCAUAGCCUGAUAGGCAUAUUAGUUGAAAGCUCAUUGGUUGUGACUAAUGAAGAAGAAGAAAGAAGAAGAAGAUAGAUGAUGUCCGAUUCUGAGGCACAGAGUAUACGACCGGAAGAUUGACAAACAAGCAUAAAAGCCUAAAAAAGACCCAUGCAUUUGAUUAAUCGUGAUUAGUGAAAUUAAUGGAAGGAGGAGCAGUAACAAGUUCACUAAUUGAUGAAGAAGACAGAGAGCAAUAUUCCUCUUCAGUCACUCCUAUUUUGGUCUUCACCACUUCAGUUGCCGUCAGUGGCUCCUAUGUUUUUGGAAACGCAGUGGGUUAUUCAUCACCAGCUGAGUCUGGCAUUGUGGAUGAUCUUGGCCUUACCACGGCUGAGUAUUCGAUCUUUGGUUCAAUAUUAACCAUUGGAGGAAUGUUAGGUGCAGUAAUUAGUGGGAAGAUAGCUGAUCUAAUUGGGCGCAAAGGUGCCAUGGGAGUUUCAGAAAUAUUUUGCACCCUGGGUUGGCUUGCAAUUAUAUUAGCUAAGGAUGCUCUUUGGCUUGACCUUGGAAGAUUUUCACUGGGAUGUGGAAUUGGGCUUCUUUCUUAUGUGGUUCCUGUAUAUAUUGCAGAAAUUACCCCCAAGAAUGUAAGGGGAGUAUUUGUAUCUCUUAAUCAGUUGAUGAUAGGUUUGGGAAAGGCGCUUACAUUUCUUAUUGGCUCUCUGGUCAGUUGGCGAAUAUUAGCUAUAAUAGGAAUUAUUCCAUGUCUAAUACAACUGUUAGGCCUAUGUUCCAUUCCAGAGUCCCCUAGAUGGCUGGCAAAAAUUGGUCGGAUGAAAGAGUUUGAAUCUUCUCUACAGCGCCUCAGGGGGAAGAGUGCUAAUAUAUCACAAGAAGCAGCUGAUAUCAGAGAAUAUACAGACUAUGUAUGCAAAAUCUCAGAAGAUGGGAUUUUAAACCUGUUCCAGAGGAAAUAUGCUUAUUCACUCGUUGUAGGGAUUGGGCUGAUGGUGUUCCAAGAACUUGGAGGGCUCAAUGGUUUUGCCUUCUACACAAGCACUAUUUUUGAAUCAGCUGGCUUCUCAAGCACAGUUGGUGAUAUAGUAGCAUCAGUUGCUCAGAUUGUAAUGACAACUCUAGGGGUACUAUUAAUCGAUAAGGCAGGAAGAAGACUGCUGCUACUGAUAUCUAUAGUGGGGACUUGCUUGGGUUGUGUCCUUACAGGAUUGUCAUUCUUCUUCCAGGAUCUUCACCUAGGCAAGGAGCUCACUUCUCUUUUGGUGAUGUUGGGUGUACUGGUAUAUUUGGGUUCUUUUGAAGUUGGCAUGGGGGGCAUCCCAUGGAUUAUCAUGUCCGAGAUAUUUCCCAUAAACAUAAGGGGAUCAGCUGGAAGCCUUGUCAAUCUAGUUAGUUGGAUUGGUUCUUGGUUUAUCUCAUACACUUUCAACUUUUUGUUUGAAUGGAGCUCAGCAGGAACAUUCUUCAUUUAUGCUGCCAUUAGUACUCUGGGUGUUGUGUUCAUUGCAAAGCUGGUACCUGAGACUAAAGGGCGAACACUUGAAGAAUUCAAGCAUCAAUUACAAACGAUUUGCAAUAAGCACAACUUUUGUGAUAAUUUUUCAGAUUGGAAGUAAAUUUGAUCUAAAAGAUGUAGUAUGUUCAGUUCUUGUAUUCUAUCUUUUACCUUCUAUAGAUCAAGAAUCUUCUCUUUUUUGACAAAAUUUCUUUCUCUAUUAAACUUAUGCUCAUGUACCGGUUAGCAUUAGAGGCCUUUGCUACAUUCUGUAAUUUCUACCCUUUAUUUUGAAAUCUAUUUAAAAGGAGGAUUAUAUUU